AUAACCUUCCAUUUUCUUUCUCAACGCUGUUUCUGAUAAGCAGCUUUGGUCAUCUCUCUCUAUCCCACUAUUCUUCUCUCAAUACUUCUCUCCUCUACAUAUCCUUUCGAAAAUGAAGUUCUGCGUAAUCGUGUCUCUUGUUGUCGCUGUUGGUGCAUUUCCUCAGGGGCCAACAAAAGAUCAUCCUGUGGUUGGAGAAUGGAGACCGGCCUCUGAGAGCGACUCGCGUUCUCCUUGCCCUAUGCUGAACACGUUGGCAAACCACGGGUACUUGUAAGUACUACUGCUAGUUUCUCUUCGAACUUGGCAUGUUCUAAUGACUACUUGAAAGGCCACGCAAUGGACGAAAUAUUACGGCAAAGGGGUUUGGAAAAGCAAUCCGCGACGGCCUAGGCUUUGACAUUACCGCCGGUGAAGUCCAAGCGAAUCUACAGUUUCAAGCUCUCGGAAAGCAAGUCGUGGACUUGGAAGAGCUCAACGCCCACGAGGUGCUCGAGCACCGCGCCUCCCUCACUCGAGAUGACUUUCCCGGUGACACCAUCCACAAUAACCCUUCACGGCUCGAAGCCAUGCUGGCCGAUAGCAGCACCGAUUAUCUCGAUAUAAACUCCUUUGCUAAAAGUCGAGUACGCGUUGAGGCUUUGACUGCACCUCUCGCGACAGCUCAUAUCCAAAUGUCCGCCGGCGAAGCAGGACUUUUUAUUCUUGCCAUGACUAGCGGUCUACUUCCAGUAAAUGGAACAAAUUUCGAUGAAUUGACAGUACCAAAAGAUAGGGCCCGGGCUUGGCUUACUUUGGAGAAACUGCCGGUAGAUUUUGGUUGGAAACCUGCUCGUCGUCAAUAUGUCUUCGGAGACGUUAUUGGUGUGACAGGGGCUAUUUUAGCUUUGCGUAGUUCUCUUUUGUCACAAUAGAGCUGAAAUGGUUUUGGAAGCCAUCAAGACGUCGAUUUCACGCGGAGCCUGUUGUGACUAUGUUGGGAGAAUGGGGGCCAGGAUUCCUUUCGAUGUCAGGCAUCACUCAACCGGAAGGAGUCUCUUGAUGGAUUGCCGCAGAGAAUGAAUGCCAAGAUGAGUUUUCAGGUAAUGGAAACUAAGCUUAUUCAAUGUUAGUGUCGAACCAUGU